GAUUACUAAGAUACGAAACAAACAUAUUAUCAACAUGGCACCAUCGGUAGUAAAUGAUGUAUCUAAGACACAGCUCACGGCUGAGGAACCGGAACACUGCCCGGGGCCAGAAUCUGAACAAGCAGGAAAGGACGAUGCUUGUGACGGGUGUGCUAAUCAAGAUAUCUGCUCAUCUCAAAUCCCCAAAGGACCAGAUCCAGACAUGCCUUUAAUAACAAAGAAGUUGGGAAUGAUCGAUCACAAGGUACUAGUAUUAUCCGGGAAAGGAGGUGUGGGAAAAUCUACAUUCACAUCGAUGCUCUCUUGGGCUCUAGCAGCUGAUGAAGAUCUUGAGGUGGGAGCUAUGGAUUUGGAUAUUUGUGGACCGUCACUCCCACGAAUGCUCGGGGCUGAAGGCGAGUCUGUUCAUCAGUCGAACUCCGGCUGGUCUCCUGUUUACGUGGCUGAUAAUCUUGGGAUGAUGAGUAUUUCGUUUAUGUUACCAGACGAAGAUUCUGCUGUAAUUUGGAGAGGAGCCAAGAAGAACGGGCUCAUCAAGCAGUUUUUGAAAGACGUGAACUGGGGUGAACAUCUUGACUAUUUGGUAGUGGAUACGCCACCAGGCACUUCAGAUGAACAUUUAUCAGUGUCUACGUACAUGAAAGAAAGUGGCAUAGAUGGAGCAUUGAUUGUGACCACUCCUCAAGAAGUGUCCUUGCUUGACGUCAGAAAGGAAAUAGAUUUCUGUCGCAAGGCUGAUAUCAAGAUCUUGGGCUUGGUGGAAAACAUGUCAGGGUUUGUUUGUCCUAAUUGCAAAGGAGAAUCUAAAAUUUUUAAGCCAACUACAGGAGGAGGUGAACAGCUUUGCAAAGACUUGAACAUUCCAUUUUUGGGAUCUGUUCCAUUGGAUCCUCGUAUUGGACAAGCUUGUGAUGCUGGUGUAUCUUUCUUUGAAGAAUACGCUGAUUCUCCGGCUGCCACUGCCAUUCUUGAUGUGGUGGACGCAUUAAGGGAUCAAAUAGAGAUUUCUCUAGACAAGUUGAAGAUUUCCAGUUGAAUGGAAGUUAGAAGGUUGGUCUACACACUUUUAUGUAUUAUAUUACGAAAUAAAAUGGCAUUUAAUGAUAUUCUCGGCAUUACAUCUCAUCUCACAUUACUCAGAAUAACUUUGUUUGCGACGCGCAUCUGAUAAGGAUACCAUGCCAAAGCCACUAGCGAACCAAAACUAUCAACUCCUCAAAGACAAGACUUCGUAUUCUGUCAGCAGGAUAGGUGCAUUAUACAAGGACUUCAAAGAUGCUAAGGAAUUGAACCCUGAAGGAUUCGAAGCCAAUUUGAUCUCUUGG